UGCAUAACAAAAAUAAUAAUCACACUCCCAAACCCAAGAAUUACAUAAUUCUUUUCCGUAAAUUGUUGCAAUGCAUAUCUCGACGUUUGCUACGAAAUUAAUAAACAGGGAAAGUCUUACAGGACGUAACGGCUUGGCUUUAUUUAUCAAUAGGUUAUUCGUUUUGAUAUUAAUUGUUACAAGUGUAAUAAACGGAAAGUGUACAAAUGGCGACGUUGAAUCCAGAUCAACUAACGAUGAGGAUAUUGAUGAAACUCCAGAUUAUUUAAAUUCGCGAGUGUACAGAAUCGUGACCAACUCUUCAGCAGUGCUGUCGUCGCUUGCAGAAUUGUACGAUUCAGGUAUCCUUGACAUUUGGGGGAUGCCCUCACGCACAGGGACCGACAUUCUGAUCUCCUCACAAGAAGAAGAAUCCAUCCUCAUGUCAAUCCUAAGUUCGACUGACAGGGGAAAGUCCGACUUGAUGAUAAAUUCCUCAUCUCCGAACUCGGGUGAUAAUUUUCUGCUCAAGGUGAUUAUUCCCAACGUAAAAAAGUUACUAGACCAACAAGACCAACACCAAUAUAAUCAUCCUCCAUCAAGAGUCAAGUCUUCUGGGGGAUUUUUAACGUGGAAUGAAUAUCACCCUCUCGAAACUAUAACAGAGUGGAUGGAAAACCUCGCCAAGUUCUACCCAGAGACGACUACCCUUAUAAAAAUCGGUGAAAGUUGGGAAGGUUUGCCAAUGCACUUGAUGAAGAUCUCAGCACCCCCUUCAGAAAAAGAACACAAUUCUACCCAAAAGUCAUUCCAAAAACGCGGCGUCUUUAUCGACGCAACCAUCCACGCACGGGAAUGGGUCACCACUUCCGUAGCUACCUGGGUAAUAAAGGAACUCGUCACAGAUUCUCCAUCAGGACAAGGGCUGCUAGACCGAUAUGACUUUUACAUCGCACCGAUUUUGAACCCAGACGGGUAUCGCCACUCAUGGAAACUUAAUCGGUUGUGGCGCAAGUCUCGGAGGAGUAUAAGCAAUUGGUUAAUUGCGUGCAGAGGCGUGGAUCUGAAUAGAAAUUUUGGCCAUGAGUGGGGCGGCCAGGGCGCUAGUAGGUCGUCAUGUUCAUCUUCUUAUAGAGGAAAUGCUGCCUUUUCCGAGCCGGAAACGAGGGCGGUGAAAGAGUGGGUGGAGAAAAUGAAGGGGGAGGUUGAUUGGGCAGCGUACUUCACAUUACAUUCCUACGGGCAGAAAUGGAUGACGCCGUGGGGUUACACAAAUACAGUUUUGCCAAGAGAUUAUCGGGAAAUGAUUCGUGUAGCCAGGAUCGGAACGAGAGCUCUGAGAGCUGUACAUGGAACCGAAUACGAGGUGGGGAGUUCGUCUGAUAUGUUGUAUUUAGCAGCCGGAGGAUCAGACGACUGGUGGACGGGGGUCGUAGGAGUGACAUAUUCCUACACGCUCGAAUUACGGGACACUGGGCUCUGGGGAUUUCUUUUACCAUCGUCACAAAUACAGGACACAGUAGAGGAGACUUGGGCAGGGAUUGCUGCAUCUUUAAAAGCCAUCCCAACGAGACUAGUUUAGUGUACAUAUUAAAUGUAUUACGGUAGGUAAUGUAUAAGUAUUAUAAUGCAUUGAGAGACCCUGAAAAAGGUUCCCCGAUUAUAAACUAAUGCAACACGUACCAGAGUUAAUUAUGGAUCUCUUCAACGUUCAUUUUCUGUGUAGUAUGUACAUAUCAUAACAGAUUUUCUGAUAUUUCUAACGAAUGCCUUCAACUGCUACCUCAUUACAUUUAACAAUUUUUUUUCAUGAAUUUCUCCACAAACUGAUUAUAUAAUUUUGAAUAGAAUUGAUAGCCUAAAACUUCCUACAACGACAUACAUAUUUCAUAUGCUUAUACAUUAAAAGUUGUAACACGUGAAAGCGAAAUCAUUCAGUAAAUAAGUAUUCAAGAAAAUGUCCUCUGAUGCCGAUGAAAUUUCUUCAAUAAGUAUUCAAUUCAGCAGGCCAGCAUAAAUUGACAUUCUUAUUAAAUUAAGGAUUGAAUAAGUUAUACAGGAUAACAGGAUAGGAUUGUAUGUAUGUGCAUAUGUUCACCACACUCCUUGUGUAAAGUAUACAAUUGUAUUUUUUUUUAAAUACAUAAUAAACGCUACCAAGUUUUCAUGAGUCCCUGAAGAAGCGUUAACCCGCACGUGAAAAAAAUUACUCUUAAUUGUAUUCUGAAUGGAAUGAAUUGGACGGUAAACAUAUAUUCGCAAAUGUAUAUUUAUGCGUGAAGGUGCAUUAUGUACUUACUUUUUACCUGUGUACAAAUGGAUGAAUGACGGAAUGUUUCGUUUUUUCAUUGAUAUACUUAAUUUUACGGUGUCCUAUA